ACAGCAUCUUGGAUCAAAGCUAUAUAUACACACUGGCUCUGUGUGGGUUCAAACAUUUCGAAGAUUCAGUAUCCUGAAAGGUGUCACCUCUUUUCCAGUCCUGAGAGUUCCAGUUUCUCUUAACUUCUGAAGGCAUCGGAUACCUUCAGCCCCUCCAGCAUCUGUCCCAGCACAGGAAUGCUCUCAAUAUUGAUCACCGUGGGCUUUCUCUGCACAGCCACUGCCGGUGCUGAAGUAAUGGAAGUGACUCAGCCAGCAAUGGUGCUGGCCAACAGGCAAGGCGUCGCCAGCUUGGUGUGUAAAUACAAGCACAUCGGGAACGCAAAGGAAAUUCGAGUGACGCUGCUCAAACAGACGGGUGAUGGGUUCACUGAAAUUUGUGCUUCAACCUACACCACGGAGUUUAAAAUGUUCAGUGUGGAAGAGGUCAUUCAGUGCCGUGUCAGCCCCGGCCAGAACAACGUGACCCUCACCCUCGCUGGCCUGCAGGCCAACGACACCGGCCUGUACGUUUGCAAGAUGGAGCGGAUGUACCCCCCUCCCUAUUUCAUGAACAAGGGAAAUGGGACACAGCUCUAUGUCAUUGAUCCAGAACCUUGUCCAGACACUGCCAUAUAUCUCUGGGUAUUAGGAGCUACAGCCUCAGGAUUUUUUCUUUACAGUAUCAUCAUCUCAGCUGUUCUUGUGGGCAAAGCGAUAAAGAGAAGGCGAUGUCUCACUACCGGAGUCUAUGUGAAAAUGCCUUCUGAAAAGCUAGAGAAAAAAGUGAUUCCAUUCCACAUCACUGGUAACUGUAACAGGGAAGGAGAGAAACCAUUUCCUAGCUGGGAUGGAAAGUCUGCUAAUUCACUUCAGUUAAAGAAAUAAAAUUAAUUGUCUUGUUACAAAGGUGUACAGGAAGGAGAGAGAAUAUUCCUUGUAACUUCAAUGGUUUGGAGGAGAAUAAUUAGUAUAUGCAUUCGUAUUCGAAGAUUAACCCUGUCACAUAAAAAUGGCUACCUUAGGCCAUUGAAUCUUUGAGAUGUAUUGUACCAAUAUGUAGUAUAUAUACAUAUAUAUAUAUACAUAGCAUUAAGAGCUAUUGCUGUUGCAGUUGAGCAUCUUACUGUCACAUUUCACCAUGCCUACUGAACAACUGAAAUCCAAACACUAUUAUGACAGAGGCUUGUGUGUCAUUGCAAAGCUGAUCCCACAGGUCUGGGGGGCAGAGGCAGAAGAGCACACUAAUGUACAAAGGAAUGUUGACUCGUUUCCCUGCAUCGAUAUUUAUUGGUUCCAUUUCUGGCGUUAGUGCUCUGUACUCCAUAGAGGCAUCACCCUAGGCCAGCACUGAUGACACUGCUGCUCUAAAAGCCUGAUCUUAGCUCCCUUCACUGGCAUUGUGUCCCAGCAGUGCUGUGCUGGAGUUGACAUUGAUGAUAUCUGAGCCAGUGCUGACAGUUUGGUUGGAAAGGAGGCUCCAGCAGGAACCCUCUUAACGCUGUGCUGGGAGGAUGUUCCAGCUCUGCUGGGGCCUUGUGUUUUACAAAUGCUAAAUUAGCAUCUAUCCAAAAGGCAGAAGUAUGUUGCUGUGUUUAACUGACUCUAUUUUCCAUGAAAAUAUUGACAGUGUAUAAUCUUGUUUAUUAGUUAUGUACCAAGUCAAUAAAAACCUUGAAGCUUUGCCCAAA